AUGGCUUCCAUCACUGACAAUGACAGUGCCUCUCCCUCCAUAGUUAUUGAUAAUGUGGACUCAAUCAGCCUUGCUCCCAACAGUGACUGGACGAUGACCAUCAACUUUCUGGACAAUGUGAAGAUGGUGGAUGCACCCCUAGUUGAUUUCCUGAAGUCAGGGGGUCCAGCAGCAGCACCUGCUGGACUGAAGGACAGUAAGACAGUUGAUGAGCAGGCAAAUGCUGACCUCAAGGGCAAAGGCCUGGCCAAGCCCAAGAAGAACAAGAAGAAGAAUGGCCCAGCCCAAAGGCAGGGCAAGAAGAUCAUUCUUGAGGUGUGCAAGAAUGAAGCAGAGGCCAGCAAUAGGAAGACACUUCUGUUGGAGGAGGAGGUGGCCCUGGUCGCCUCCCAUCUCCUCAAAGUGUACAAGGAAAAGUACCAGGAGGCAGCAGGGCUAUGUGAGGGGUGCCUGAAGGAAGUCUUCAUGGGAGAGAGCAAGAUCUCCCUCCUCAUCAGUGAUGGUGACCCAGCUGACUCAGCCCCUGUCGCACCCAAAGAUGCUGAUGCCAAGGUUGAAGACUCCACAACCCAGGGAGGGAGGGCUGGGGUUGCCUACCAGUUAUGCCAUGAGAGAAUCGAGGCACUUGUGCUUGCCAAGUUGGAUAAGCCCAAAUAUUUCAAUAAGUCAAGUAUCAUGUGCUUCAAUCUUGGCACUGCAACACCCAUGGAGAUGCUCAAUGAGUUCCAUGGGAUGGUGCAAGCCCUCAAAGCCAUCAACAGGCAGGAGUUGGAGAUCAAUGGAGCAGUGGCAAGGGCAAGAAAGGCCAAGAUGGCUGUACUGCUGGAGCAGGGCAAGCAUGUGGGCUUCGAUAAGGUUAUCAAUGAGUGCAAGGCUGAGUGGAAGGCAUGCCCUUUGGAGGAGAGGAAGGUGGUGAUGGAACAGCAUGAUCUGGCGGAGGAGCACCUGGGUCUCAAGCAGAAGCAGCAUCACUCUGUGGAGCAACAUGACAUACUCCAGAAGACAAAAAAGGCUGGCAAAAAGUUUGCUUGGACCUACAGUGGUAAGAUCCUUGAGAUAGGGGCAACUCUGGCUGUCAUGGCAAUCCUGAAGAAGUGUGGGACCAAGGACCCAGAGAAAGCUGUCUGGGAGGUGUUUGGGCUGGGGAAGGCGAUGCAGGCAAUGGAUGGGGUGGUGGAGGAUGACAAUAGGAAUGGUCUGCAGUAA